AUGGAAGUUGUACGAGAAGCGAAUGAAGCUAUUGCUAAGACAAGAGCUCGCAUGAUUCCUUCACAGGAUAGAAAUAAGAGCUAUGCUAAACCUAAACGUAGACAUGUCGAGUUCCAAGUUGGAGAUCAUGUAUUCCUCCAUGUUUCGCCUAUGAAAGGGAUUAAAAAUUUUGGCAAGAAAGGAAAUUUGAGUCAUCGAUUUGUUGGACCAUUCAUGAUUUCAGAGAAAAUUAGACAAGUGGCUUAUAGGUUAGCCAUGCCUCCAGCACUAUCUGGAGUGCACAAUGUUUUUCAAGUUUCCAUUUUACAUAAUUAUGUCUUUGAUCCAUCACGUAUUCUUAGAUAUGAGACAUUGAAUGGGCAAGAAGACCUUUCUUACGAAGAAAAGCCAAUGAAGAUUUUGGAAAAGAAGGAAAGAGUGUUAUGA